GGAGUGAGAGAGAUUAACUGGGCAAAAAACAGAGAAACUAUUUGCUAGCUCUCCUAAAGUCUGCGAGUAAAGUCCUAGUGUGUUCAAUCACAUGGUAUUUUAAGAAUGCUCCAAAGAUGGCGGUAGCAAAAGCAGUAUUAACAAGGAGGGUGCAAAAAAGUGGGUUUCUGGAAGUUUUAGUCCGCGAUAGGUGGCACAAAGUUUUGGCAAACUUAAGUGAAGACACCCUCACGUUGAGCAGCGAGGAUCUUGGGGAGAAUGUAAACUUUAACGGCAUCGCCAAUGGAUCUUAUGGGAGCAAGUCCUCUGGUCAUCCUACAAAUAGUCCCAAAAGUACAGUGCGGACCGCUUUCACUGAUUUGCCGGAGCAAGUGCCAGAAGCGAUCGCUAACAAGAAAAGAUGCGUGAAGGUCGUGAAGCAGGAGAUCGGAGGGCUGGGGAUCAGCAUCAAAGGGGGGAAGGAGAACAAGAUGCCGAUUCUGAUCAGCAAGAUUUUCAAAAGUCUAGCCGCAGAUCAGACCCAGGCUCUCUACGUUGGGGAUGCGAUCCUGUCUGUGAACGGAGUUAACCUGAGGGACGCCACUCACGAUGAAGCAGUUCAAGCGCUGAAAAGGGCUGGAAAAGAAGUGACACUGGAAGUGAAGUACAUGCGGGAGGCAACCCCGUAUGUGAAGAAAGGAUCUCCAGUCUCUGAAAUUGGAUGGGAGACACCCCCUCCGGAGUCCCCUCGUCUGGGCAGUGUCUCCUCCGAGCCUCCUUCUCCUCCAGCCUUCUCUCUCCAUGGAGACAGGAAAUACAUACCACUGAAAAUGUGCUAUGUCACACGGAGUAUGACCAAAUUGGACCCAGAGAACAGCCAGUUUGAACUUCACUCCCCAGAUGCAAGGCACACUGUAGUCCUGAGAUGCAAGGACUCAGCCACAGCACAGGGCUGGUUUAGCGCUGUACAGUCCAGCGCCAUUGACUCAGUUGCCAAGGUUAUAGCAGAAGUCAAAGAGCAGAUUGGAAGAACUGGAAUCGCUGGGGGUCGAGAAAUACGACAUCUAGGCUGGCUUGCAAAAAAGGUGGAGCAUGACAAGCAGCGAUGGAAGCCGGUUUUGGUGGUUGUAACUGAGAAGGAUCUGCUUCUGUAUGAUGGGAUGCCAAGAAUGAAGGAGGCCUGGUACAGCCCUGCUCACACCUACCCUCUGCUGGCUACCAGGCUUGUCCAUUCAGGUCCUGGAAAAGGGUCACCGCAGCCAGGAGUGGAGCUGUCCUUUGCAACUCGGACAGGCACCAAACAGGGCAUUGAGUCCCAUCUCUUCAGAGCAGAGACCAGCAAGGAGCUGUCUGAGUGGACCAGGCACAUUGUACAGGGCUGCCACAACUCAGCCGAGCUCAUCAAGGAAAUCACCACAAGUUGUACAUACAAGAACCAAGAAUGCCGUCUGACUAUUCACUACGAGCAAGGGUUCAACGUGUCAGAUGAACUGCAGGAAGGGGCUUUGCUAAAACCCCUUUUUAAUUAUCCUUUUGAGAAACUGAAAAUGUCCUCAGAUGAUGGCGUGAGGAUGCUUUUCUUAGACUUUGGAGGAAAGGAGGGUGAAAUUCAACUCGAUCUUCACAGUUGUCCGAAGCCCAUCGUUUUUAUUCUUCAUUCAUUUCUCUCUGCAAAGAUUGCACGACUCGGUUUGGUGGCAUGAGACAGAUUGGCUGCUGAGUGACUGAAUGAACGUCCCAGAACGGAAUCUAGUAGCUGGUAGCCAUGUACAGUACAUUGGGGAGCAAGACACCUUUUUAAUGUGAUACAAAAAAAGAUGUAAAAUGGGGCCAAGUUAGACCCAAGAGUGCUUUGGGACAAAGAACAUUUGUCCGUAAGUUCACAUUGAAAUACAGUUUAAUUUAAAAUUAUAACAUAUCUUUUUUAGUAAAUGCAUAUGUAGUCAUAAUUGAAGUAGGGAUAAAUAACACUAAGCAAUUCUAAAAUAGAAUACUGGAUGAAUUUGGGGAGGGGGGCGGGUGUUGAUUAAUGUUUAUUUUGUCUGUAAACUCAGAGUCCCUCUUUAAUGCAUUUGUAGUAUCUUCUCUGUGCUACAUGUAGGACAAACAACAUCUGCUUUUUCUUUAAUAUAGUAGGUGUCUACAGCUUAUGCAUGAACAUGUUACAUAUCUGGCAGCUAUUGUAAAUGGUGAACUGAAGUUUAAGUUGUUCUAAUUUUUGAUUAGCCAUUCUUGCCUUCAUUAGUGCAAAUAAUAAUGCUUCUUGUAUUUUACAUCUGAAGGAAGAAACAGAUUGUUUUCCUUUUGAUUCACCACCACUGUGCUUUUACAGAUCAUGAAACUGGUAGCUCUUGCCUCCUCGAUUUUAGUUCAACAAUCGUGUUGUUAGCUUCUUAUACCAGUCAUUACACAAUCCGACUAUGAAAAAAACAUUAUUUAAGUUAGAAUUUUUUCUAUACUAUGUCUGCAUUUUGAACAAGGUAUUGCUUCCUAUUACGCACUAUUUCAUGAUAACACACAACUCAUUUUAAAAGUGUUCUUUUCAACCUAAAGGUGUGCUUGCCGACGUUUUCCAAGACAUUAUUUUCUUACUCUACAAUUUCUCAGCUUUGGUGCAACCACCCCUAAUUCCCACAACACAUAUGAAUAUAAUUUUGUUUUUCUUGCAUGUGUUUAACUGCCUUAUUCAGAUUACUGUAGCAGAAGGAGUCACAGAUCACCACAACAAUCACACCACCGACACUGAAUCUAAGGGAAGUCAAAUCCACUUUAAUGUUAUGAUGUUUUACUGUUGAAGAUAGUUGGAUAUCUUUGUUGUGAUGCUUGCAGCCAUUUUUAUUUUGAAGAGAUGGGAGAAAGACAUUAAAAUAAACCUCACAUUGAUCAACUUGAAGUGAAUCUCAAGCAGAAUACAAUAUACAGUCUUCUUAAAAUGACAGGGGUGACUCAAAUAUGUAGCAUAUGACCUAGCCAAGCAGAAAAGUAAGAAAACUGAAUAAAGAAUGCAAUUCGGCAAAAGCAAGUGGUAUGAGUUACUGCACUUUAUUUUUUUCAGGACAACAAGCAGUAUUGAUAUUUUCAUUUUACAGUACAGCACUUAAAGGUUUUCAGCAGUGAGGCCACUUACUAUAAAGUGCAUAUUGCCAGCUGAUAUCACUCAUUUUCUUAAAAACAAAAGGCGACUACAAAUUUAUAUGUAAUGCACACUAAUUUCUCCAUAUAGGUAAUGGACAAUACCCACAGCACAGUAAUCCUGCGGGUUUCCGAUUUAUUUAUUUUUUUAACACACAGUAACAUAUAUUUAAUUUUUUGAUCUGUAUUAUAUUACUGAAUAACUAAUGGUUGCCAGGGGCAUAAUGUUGCAUUCACAAGACCCAUCCAUUAACAGCUGAUGUCAAAGGCACUUCCUGUGAUCAAACCAUAUAUUGACUUUCACUAAAAUCAGAAUAGGCUUCUUUUGCUCCUAUGUGCAAAAAGCUCGCUCAUUCUCUCUCUCUCUCUCUCUCUCUCUCUCUCUCUCUCUCUCUCUCUCUCU